GAAAUCACUUGACCAGACCGAUCAGUCCGUCACCUGCAGUUCGAAGGUGCGGUUCGUGUUUCGGUUCGUAUUUAUUACUCCCAGAAGGAGCAGAAGGAUCAGCAACCAUGUCCAAGUGGUGGAGCUUUGGCUCUCAUGAGGAGAGCAAAAGCAUUUUUCGGAGUGAGGUGAUGUCCUUGGUGCAAAUGUAUUUGCAACCAGAGGCAGCCUACGAUACCCUUGCUGCUCUGGGCGAAGUGGGCUGUGUCCAGUUUCGUGAUUUGAAUGAAAAGGUAAAUGCCCAGCAGCGCAAGUUCAUUGGCGAAGUCCGUCGCUGUGACGAGCUCGAGAGACGUAUUCGUUAUAUAAUCUCAGAGCUGGCCAAGGAAGGUCACAAGGUGCUAGACCUCAUUGAUGACUUCCCACCGGCCCCCCAGCCACGUGAAAUAAUUGAGCUGGAGUCCCUGCUGGAGAAGACCGAGACAGAGAUCAUGGAACUGGCCGCCAACAAUGUCAACCUUCAGACCAGUUUUCUGGAGCUAACAGAGAUGAUCCAGGUCCUGGAGCGCACCGAUCAGUUCUUCUCUGAGCAGGAGUCACACAACUUCGACUUGAACAAACGAGGCACCCAUAGAGACCCGGAACAGUCCAACGGUCGCCUCGGAUUCGUGGCAGGAGUAAUUAAUCGCGAAAGGGAGUUUGCCUUCGAGCGGAUGCUGUGGCGCAUUUCCAGAGGCAAUGUCUUCCUCCGCAAGUGCGAAGUGGACGUUCCGCUGACGGAUCCGAAAACUGGAAAUGUCCUUUACAAGAGCAUCUUCGUGGUCUUCUUCCAGGGUGACCAGUUGCAGGCCAGGAUAAGGAAAGUGUGCAAUGGCUUCCACGCCCACAUGUAUCCCUGUCCUAGUUCGCAUGGCGAGCGCCAGGAGAUGGUGAAGAAUGUAAAGACUCGACUGGACGAUCUCCAGGCGAUCAUCAACCAAACUAGUGACCACAGGACUUGUGUCCUCAAAGCGGCCCUGAAGCAAUUGCCCAACUGGACUGCCUCGAUCAAGAAAAUGAAGGCCAUCUAUCACACCCUGAACCUUUUCAAUGUGGACUUGGGCAGCAAGUGCUUGAUUGGAGAGGGUUGGGUGCCCAAACGUGAUCUUGACCAGGUGGAGGCCGCCUUAGCCGUGGGAUCCGCAACCGUAGGCAGCACCAUACCAUCGUUCAUUAAUGUCUUGGACACCAAAAAAGAGCCCCCAACCCACUUCCCUUUGAACAAGUUCACUCGAGGAUUCCAAAAUCUGAUUGAUGCCUACGGAAUAGCCAACUACCGCGAGGUUAACCCGGGUCUGUACACCUGCAUCACAUUCCCCUUUCUAUUUGCCGUGAUGUUUGGAGACAUGGGUCACGGUACGAUCCUGUUCCUGUUGGGUCUCUGGAUGGUCGUGGACGAAACACGCCUGAGCAAGAAACGAGGAGGCGAGAUCUGGAACAUUUUCUUUGCUGGUCGCUACAUCAUCAUGCUAAUGGGAUUGUUUGCCAUGUACACGGGAUUCCAUUACAACGACAUAUUUUCAAAGUCCAUCAAUGUCUUCGGUACCCGGUGGGUCAACGUUUACAACAGAACUACCGUGUUGACCAAUCCUACCCUGACACUCAAUCCCUCGGUGGCUACACGAGGUGUCUAUCCCAUGGGUAUUGAUCCCAUUUGGCAGUCGGCCUCUAACAAGAUCAUUUUCCUCAACACCUACAAGAUGAAAUUAUCCAUCAUCUUCGGAGUGCUGCACAUGACUUUUGGUGUCUGUCUGUCGGUGGAGAACUUUGUCUUCUUCAAGAAAUACGCCUAUAUUUUCCUGCAGUUCGUGCCUCAGGUUAUGUUCCUGCUGCUCAUGUUCGGAUACAUGUGCUUCAUGAUGUUCUACAAGUGGGUGAAGUACAGUCCCACCACCGAUGUGCUGGCCAAUACCCCCGGAUGUGCUCCGUCAGUUCUGAUUAUGUUCAUUGACAUGGUUCUUUUCAAAACCGAGACUGCCAGUCCUGGCUGUGAGGUCAACAUGUUCCCCAUUCAACGACAACUCGAAAUGAUCUUCUUUGUGGUGGCCAUCUUGUGCAUCCCUUGGAUUCUACUGGGAAAGCCCCUGUACAUAAAGUUCCAGCGCCGUGGAAGGCCCGCUGGUCCUGUCGUGGAGGUGGACGAAGUAGUUGAAAAAAUUGAGAUCACCACCGGAAAGGAGAUCAUCAUAACUGAAGUCGCUGAGUCCCAUGAGUCUGGCGGCCACAGUGAGGAGGAUGAUGAGCCGAUGAGUGAGAUUUGGAUUCAUCAGGCUAUUCACACCAUCGAGUACAUCCUUAGUACCAUUUCCCACACAGCUUCUUAUCUGCGUCUUUGGGCUCUGUCCCUGGCUCAUGCCCAGCUUUCCGAGGUACUCUGGACCAUGGUGCUGGCCAUGGGUCUGCAAAUGAAUGGCUAUGUGGGUGCUAUUGGGCUGUUCUUCAUCUUUGCCGUUUGGGAGUUUUUCACACUCGCCAUCAUGGUGAUGAUGGAGGGCCUGUCCGCCUUCCUGCACACCCUGCGACUUCAUUGGGUGGAGUUCAUGAGCAAGUUCUAUACUGGAGCUGGGUAUCCGUUCACUCCCUUCUGCUUCAAGGAUAUCUUGGUUGUCGUUGAGGAUGAUUAGAAGAAUCAUAUCCACCCUUGAGAGGGGUCUUAUUUGAAACUAUAAUUUUAAAUAAAAGUGCAUUCCAAAAG